GAACAAAGCCUAGUUACUACACACUAGCACCUAUUCUCUGUCUCCAGUCAUUCUCAACCCGAAAGAGCAAUGAGCAGCAUCGCCGCCAACUGGAAGAAACUGAGCGGCGAGGACCACUGGGACGGGCUGUUGGAUCCACUCGACGCCGACUUCCGGCGGUACCUCAUCCACUACGGGGAGCGGCUGCAGUCUGUGUACGACGCAUUCAACGGGGAAACCAUGUCCACUGCCUACGGGCUCAGCCGGUACCCCCCGGAAAAUUUCUUCUCCCAUGUCUUCCUCCAGAACGGGAAGCCGUACAAGUACCAGAUCACCAACUUCUUCUACGCCUACUCGGAGUUACCGCUGGGAGACUGGGUCCUCCCCGGACAGUCUGCGUGGAUCGGGUACGUGGCGGUGAGCACGGAGGAAGGGAAGUCAGUUUUGGGGAGGAGGGACAUCCUGGUCUGCUGGAGGGGCACUGAGACCAAACUGGAGUGGUUCGCAGAUGCGGAUUUCCGAGCAAUUCCGGUCGGCCAAGUUUAUCGGACUACUCAUAAUCCCAAGGUCCAUGAGGGGUUCUUUGGUGUCUAUACUCACAACAACCCUGAUUCUACCUACAACAAGAACAGUGCCAGGGAACAGGUCCUGGCAGAGGUGAAAAGGCUGGUGGACAAAUACCGCGACGAGGAAACGAGCAUAACCGUGGUGGGACACAGCUUGGGCGCCGCCCUUGCAACCCUAAACGCGGCGGACAUCGUGGCCAACAACUACCACAAACCAACGGAUUCGAACGUCGGUUGCCUGGUCACGGCCUUUGCCUAUGCCAGCCCACUUGUCGGCAACUCGGGCUUCUACAAAAUGUUCAAUGCACUGACGGACCUUCGACUACUCCGGGUCAGGAACCUCUACGACCCGGUCCCCUCCCUCCCGCCCAAGAUAUUUGGGUUCGUCGAGGUCGGGAAGGAGAUUUCCAUCCUCAUUGUGUCACCUUACUGUAUCGACAACCCACACAACUUGGAGCUCUACAUGCAUGGAGUUGCGGGGUGGAACGGAAUCAUGCCGUUUAAGCUCAUGGUGGAGCGAGACAUCGCGUUGCUGAACAAAGGAGGGGAUCUUCUCCUGAAAAAGUACAACGUGCCGCCCAAAUGGUGGACCGUGAAGAAUAAGGCGAUGUACCAGCUGGAUGACGGGUCGUGGGAUCUCCGUGACUACAUGCCUCCUCCUCCAAAGGCUGUCGUCCUCAUAUAAAUCAAUUUCUCAGUGGCACCACGCGUCGCCGUUCAAUAUGCGACAAAAGAGACGAAUGUUGGUAGCCGCGAAGGGUUGAGCGUAAUUACAUCCUCCUAAUCCUUAUGGCGAUCAUGGGUCUAGUAUAAUAAUUGGAGGAUGUUAGUAAGUAAUUUGGAUUAUGGUAAUUACUAAUAAAUAAGUGAGCAUGUGAUCAAAUGGACACCAUCGGUGGAAGAAGCUUUGGUUGGUUUUGUUCUACUUUUCUCUUUCACUUGUUCUUUGGGAUAAGUUGUGUUGUGUUGUGUUGUUUUAAGUUUCGAAUUUUUCCCCUUUUUCUUCAAUGUAUCCGAAGGGACUUUGUGUAAGUUUCUGGAAGGAAAAGAAUAAGAAGUGUGGUCAAUCUGUUUGUUGUCGUUUGUGUAAAGCUAGCCUAUGUAUCCGGUUCCUAUAAAUAUAUGGUAAAACUGGUGUAAUCCUGUAGUAUACUAUA